AUGUCCACUCUUGACUUCAACAACAGAGUUGCCAUUGUAACAGGAGCUGGUGGAGGGCUUGGACGUACCUAUGCCCUUGACUUGGCCAAGCGAGGAUGUGCUGUUGUUGUCAAUGAUCUUGGUGGUGAUGCCCACGGAACAUCCGCUUCUACUUCCAUGGCUGACAAGGUUGUCAAUGAAAUAAAAAAUCUCGGAGGAAAAGCUGUCGCAAACUAUGAUUCCGUUGAGUUUGGUGAGAAGAUUGUCAAAACUGCCAUUGACAACUUCGGCAGAAUUGACAUCGUCAUCAAUAAUGCUGGCAUUUUGAGAGAUGUCUCUUUGGUUAAGAUGACCGAUCUUGAUUGGGAUUUAAUCUUCAAAGUUCACGUGAAAGGUGCUUACUCUGUAACCAAGGCAGCUUGGCCAUAUAUGCGUAAGCAGAACUACGGACGUAUUCUUGUAACUUCCUCGAACGCUGGAAUUUAUGGAAACUUCGGUCAAGCUAACUAUGCCGCUGCCAAAUCCGCUUUGAUUGGAUUUGCCAAUACCUUAGCUCAUGAAGGAGCCAAGUAUAACAUUUUGUCAAAUACUCUAGUUCCAACAGCAGGAUCUCGUUUGACUCAAUCAGUUAUGCCCGAGGACUUGGUUAAUUCUCUCAAACCAGAAUACGUUACUCCAUUAGUUGUUUACAUGGUUCAUGAGUCUUUCGCCGAAAACGGAAAAGUUUUCGAAGCAGGAGCUGGAUGGUAUGGAACUUUGCAGUACUACCGAUCCAAGGGAUCCAUUAUUCCUGGUGCAAAAGCUGAAUGCAUCAAAGAAAAUUGGGGUAAAAUAACCAAUAUGACUGGGGCUAAACACUUGGAUACCAUCAACGAAGGGCUCUCUGAGCUCAUCGAAGCUUUGGAAGUGGCAAAGAAAGCUGGAGGCGCUCCAACAAGCACUGGUAACUCUGCUUCUUCUGGAGGAGACUUCCCUCCCAACAUCAAGUCGAGCGCUCUUUUCCAAGAAAUUGCUACGGAACUUAAGGCCGACCCAGCUCCAGCCAAAAAACUGAAAGCCAUUAUCCUUUACAACAUCACUGAUGGUCAGAAUGAACUUGGAAAAUUCACUCUUGAUUUCAAGAACGAAAACCCAUCUGUCUACUUCGGUGAUGUUAAGAACGGAGAGAAGGCAAACACCACAGUCACUGUGAGCGACUCCGAUUUCUUCCUCAUUGGAACUGGUCAACUCAACGCCCAGAAGGCGUUCAUGCAAGGAAAGUUGAAGGUAAAGGGAAAUGUAAUGCUUCUGCAAAAGCUCCAAGGCCUGUCUGAUGCUAAGAAGAAGUCAAAGUUGUAA